UGGGUACCGUAGUCCUCUAACCCUGUUGCGCGCUGCAACUUCUUUGAUACUCCACACAUUCAGGCUGCCUGCAAUGGAUCAGUAUACAUGGUGAUGGAAUCCCCCACAACGCCAGACCGAGAAGACCCAGGCCCAGUGGGGCCUACAGGGGGGCAGAAGCAGCCUGUGAAGUCCCACCUGCUGGCCUCCAGAGAGCUCCUGGUGGCCUCCCUGUAUAACCUGGCUCCCCUGCUGGACAGGACCCUGGCAUCCGGCCUGCUCUCCCAGGAGAACUACUUUGAGGUGGGGGCAGAGAGGACCCCUCAGGGCCGGGCACGCAGGCUGCUGGAGGUUGUCCAGGCUGAGAUGGACGAGGCUGGGGCCAGAGGCUUCAUGGAGUGCCUCGGGAGAUGCAAGCAGCACUACCCGCGCCUCCGAGCCUGGCUCAGAACUGAUGCAGAUAUUCAGCGUGGACCCACAGAGCGUCAGCUGCAGGCCCAGCUCAGUGUCCUGUGUGGCCGGUUGGGGUUCUCUGUCCUGCCAGUCUCCCUGGAGCUGUUCUCUAAUGGCACCCUAACUCAGUUUGAACUGGACCAGGUCCAGGCAGCGCCCACAUCUUACCAGCAGACCCACCAGCUCCUGUCCGUCUGUCUGUCCAAGGGAGAGAGGGCCUGCUGUAGCUUCUACCAGGCACUGGGCAGCGAAGACCCACAGCUGGCCUCAGACAUCAGUGUGGAGGAUCCUGGGGUGUGUAGUACUCCUGUGGAAGUGAAGGAUGAUGGGUUAUGUAGUACUCACACAGCAGUUGAGACCAGACAGACUGAUGGGGAAGGUCUGUCUCUCCCAGACACCCACACACUCUCGGAUGUGUUCCAGCAGGUGCUGUCCCUGCUGGCUGUGGCUCCAGGUGAGGUGGCCAGGCUGAAUGUGUGUGAGCUGGGGGUGGCAGUGGGUCUGCCCAGGAGGACCGUCAGAGAGUGCCUGUUGGAAGAGGUUGAGGUGGGGGACAUCGUUCAGCUCAGGGCCCUGGUCACCCUCUUCCUCCGUAAGACCCAGGAUGCCUCUAGGCUGCUAAACAGGGUGGCAGAGUGCACAGCACAGCGGGUGCUGCUCUCUGAGAGGGGAUGUAUGUUACUGAAGCUGCUGUCUGUGGCUGAGGCCUUUCUCCGCACUGGGGACCACCACCACCUGCAAGCUGGGGACCACCUCCGCACUGGGGACCACCACCACCUGCAAGCUGGGGACCACCUCUGCACUGGGGACCACCACCACCUGCAAGCUGGGGACCACCUCUGCACUAUGGACCACCACCACCUGCGAACUGGGGACCAUCUCCACACUGGGGACCACAUAGACAAAGUGUGGAACAUCUUUAGCUUGGUCCUGUGGGACAGCAUGGCAGAGGCUCUGGAGGAUCCUGGGGCUGCAGUGGAAUCAUUGUGGGAUCCUAGGGAUGCUGUCCGUCUGUUACGAGACAGUGAGAGAGUGGAGACAGAGCUUCUCCAGGAGUUGGAGGAAUGCUGGGCAGACGGGGGAACUGAGAGCCUGUUACAGAGUGUUACAGUACUAGCUCAGUUGCUACGUGAUCUCCACCCUCUUCAGGACAGUCUGCGCCUCUCCCCUCCUGAAGAGGGGGCUGUGUACCCCUGCCGCUCUCGCAGACUCCAUAGAGUCACCCGUUUCCAGGGCCUGCCUGCACGGGUCAUCCGCAAAGCACUGGGACACGGAGCUCCCUCCAAACACCCAGUCCCAGCUGGUCUCCCCAUCCAGUACAGAGAUCUCUGCCUCUGCAUCACACGUCUGCUGGACAGGGUGCACCCACAAGAAAGCACUACCUCCAUAGAUCUCUCCCAGGCUCCUAUUGCUACCAUCACCCAGCACAUCUGCUCAACCCUGGCCCGGCCGGCGUUCGGCCCCCAGAGCUUUGAUGCUGGGGUGAGACACAGGGUUCUGUCUGUGGUAAAGUAUGACCCGGUCAGGUGGGGCCUGCUUAACUUACAGGAGCUGCAUAAAGACACUCUGUUGGGUCUGGAGAGCUACCUGAAGCCAGGGGAGCAUCACAGCUUCCAGCUUGUCCCAGAGAAAGUACGGAUCUUUGGAGGGCCAGAGAUACGCUGGGGAGAAAGGGUCAGGGGCCCAGUCGCCAUCGACAACGGGAUAGAGGAAGUCCUCCAAUUUGUCACCUCUGGCCCAGCCUCCUUUCUGAUCAGUGUUAGCUGCCGCGGCUAUGACAGGGGCCAGUACUUUGAGGUACACGAGCCGCAGUGUGUGCGUGUGUCUGGACUGCAGGAGCAGGGGGGGGGCGAGGUGCAGGGUUUAGGGAGGACAGUGUUGGUUUUGGCAGUAGAGGGCGAGACAGUGUGGAUGAGAGAGGAGAGGCAGGGGAGGGAGUGCGGGACAGAGCUGGAGCAGGUGUCUCGGAGACACUCUGCCACACUACAGGACGGGGGCUGCUGCUUCAGGGUCACGACCCCAGGGACACGUUGCCAGGUCAAGUUCAUCUACAAGACAAGGAGGAUCUCUGCUGUGGCCGAGAGGGACUGUGAAGUUUUCUAAAAACCUUAUUCGCACGGGACUAGUAUUAUUAUGGAACGUAGGUUAUGUAAUUAUUGCCCCAGCAUGUCCGUUUUACCCCAUGGACGAUUCGGACGGGAUUAGUUUUACCAAACUGCCCCUGUAAAUGUUAUUUUUUUCUAAUUCAAAAUGUACCGUUAUGACGGAAGCCUGGAGGCUCUACUAUGGGCAUGAUGGUCUUCAGUUCAGAGAAAGUCAUAAUAAUAAUGCAUAUCACUAAGAACCAUGAACUGUAACCUACACAGACACUUAAUUACCUGACGGAUCUGGCAAUUUAUCUUUUCAUUGGCACAAUAUCAUCCACUUCAUUUAAAAGGGAAGUCUGACUCUGGGAAAGUUGAUUUGUGAAAAAAAAACCUGUUCAUUCAUCUGUAGGCUACGUGCAUAUAAUUUUGUUUUACGCAUCAAUUUGUUCCCAAAUUCUUACCCACACUGGGCGCAGUACCUGUUUAACUCAAAACACACGGAUGACGAUUCACACGGGAUUAGUAUUAUCAGAGGACCUGGGAGUUUUCUGAAAAACAGUAGGUUUUUAGGGGCUGGGAUAACAACCUUCCUGCCAAGUAAAAAUGACUGACAUGGCAGAUUCGGACAGGACUAAAAUGACAGAUGUGUUGAUUUGCGCUUGUGCACAUAAUUAUAUUACCUGAGUUCCCCCGGUAAAACUAAUCCCAUCCGAAAUGGGCUGAAGUCUCACUUGGUGGGACAAGCUGGUAUUCAGACAUAGAUUAUGGCACCCGCAUGAUUGAAAAAGAUUCUUCAGAACCAGAAAGCUGUCUUCAUGUACAGCAUGAUGAGGUGUGGCGGACUCCAAUGUUAUUAAAUCCCAGCUACAGAGCGAGACAUAGACCGUGUUCAUUCUCUCACUCACAAUCCUUGUCAGUUACUUAUCUAUCAACCUACAUAGCAGCAUUAUAUUUUCUAUUUUUGUCCAGCAAUGCACAGUACCUUAGCUGAUAUAGUUCAAACAUAAUGUAAUUAAAAAAUAAAAUAGAAACCUUGUACCCGACUUUUCCUACGAGAACCGACUUUGCUGAUAACUGAGGAAAAUGUACUUAAGACUGUGAUAUGUGGUUGUCCCGCCUAGCUACAGUUGAAGUCGGACGUUUACAUACACCUUAGCCAAAUACAUUUAAACUCAGUUUUUCACAAUUCCUGACAUUUAAUCCUAGUAAAAAAUCCCUGUCUUAGGUCAGUUAGGAUCACCACUUUAUUUUAAGAAUGUGAAAUGUCAGAAUAAUAGUAGAGAGAAUGAUUUAUUUAGGCUUUUAUUUCUUUCAUCACAUUCCCAGUGGGUCAGAAGUUUACAUAUACUCAAUUAAUAUUUGGUAGCAUUGCCUUUAAAUUGUUUAACUUGGGUCAAAUAUUUUGGGUAGCCUUCAAGCUUCCCACAAUAAAUUGGGUGAAUUUUGUCCCAUUCCUCCUGACA